AUUGUUAAGGCUGAUGUCGUGUAUGUUUUUGUGUUGUGCUAAAAAUUGUUUUCUUUAUUAUUGGUUCGUUAAAAAACUUGUUAAAUAUGGAUCCUUUAACGCCAAAUAAAAUACAGAGACUGAUGCAUUUAGCCGAAGAUGCGUCUUUCAAUAAACGCAGGCAAGAAGAAUUGUUUCCAACGGAAGUGAAACCCCUUGGACAUCACUUAGCAGCCUUGUAUAGUAUGGAAUCCGGUGCCUGUGAGUCUUCAUCAGGUCUCUUAGAUUUAGACGAAAUACAAGGUUUUGGUGAGACUGAGGCUGGAUCCAUAAGCAAAUCUACUGGCUUCUUCCCCGGAGAGAUGACUGGCCGAUCCACUGGCACAGAAGAAAACUUACCCAAUGUAGCCAUGGGACAUUCACACAUAUUCAACUUAGAUUCUCUUAGUAAGCAAUUAGAUGAUCAAUCCAGUGAAGUCAAUCAGAUUAUGAGACAUUCUAUUGCUACGAAUUUUUCACUUCAUUCCUUGAACCUAACAGCAAAUGAAGCAUCUUUUGUGGCUAAUUACGCCCCUAUCCCGGUGCAACAGACUCAUAUCAUCAUACCUUCGUCGAUAGACAUGUCUGUGGGCUCUAUUGGAGGUUACUUCGUGGACAGAUGCCCUGAGUUUAGCAGUGUUCUUGGCCAUUCGGAUAGUCCUAACCGAUCUAGCAUGCAGCCUAGCUUAACAGAAGUCUCACAUUUCGAACAACCGUACUCUCUCCGACACUUGCCCUGCAAUGACCCAUCUUUAGAUAGUGUCCCAGUCCGUCAACCCAGAAUCAUGAAUGAGGCUGACGAAUUAGAAAAACAAGCUGUCAAACAACAAGAACAAAUCAACCACUUACUCAUGAACCCAUAUACGAGCCACACAGAUUAUAGACUAAAAAUAGAUGGAGAUUCACAAAAUGUAGACCUAUUCAAAAAGCCUCAGCCAUCCACGGUUAAACUGGAACCUCAGAAACCAAAGGUUGCAGCCACGGGAUCUAGUAAUGAGUAUUUAGUGAAGGCAGUUACACGGUCCUCUAUUAAACCGGCCACAGGAGAUGAGAGCUCCGUGGUUGAAAAUUCGCUUAGUCUUUCCAAGAUUGCGGAGUUUUUGGGAAACCAAUCUGUCGUCAACGUCUCCGACAUAAUCGACAAAUACUGUAAAAAGGACAACACCAAGCCUCUGCUAGCAGCAAACAAAAUACCAAAUCAGGAACUAAUACCCGUUACCUAUUUGAAAGACACUCGUAACGUCGAAUCUGCCAACAGCGAAGGCAGCGUCAAUACAGUGAUUUCUAUGAAAAAUCAGGAGAACAGAGUCAUUCCUGAAGUGUUAAUUACGAGGGAUUCUCUAACUAAAAACGCUCAGGCUGACAGGGAAAGUAUUAAGAGUGAGAACACUCGGUCUAAAUCACCUUCGUCUAAAACCCGUUCGACUUUGAGUACGGUGCAAGAGAAUUAUGCUGUGGAGAGCCCCGUGAGCAAAAGUACAGGCGAAGUAAAACCUACGCCUGUCCCCUCCCCAAACUUUGAGUAUAAAGAGUUAGAUAAGUCGGUAGAUUGGCGGGAAGUUAUGCAACAGAAGUGUAGGCGGCAGUCCAGCUUGGCUAAUCAAGGACCAUGGAUCGAAAUUAAAACAACGUCUGUUAAAGGAUUUGUAGGUGUAAACUGCCCCGCAUCAAUUUCAAUAACAACCAAAUCUAGCAGCUGGCUGACUGCCACAUUCAAAUACGACCGCUCCGACACCACGAGGCCCCUGCGGAUCGAGCUGCCCCGUCAACCAUUACUUCUCUCUCCUGGCAAAACCGAACAACUUGCUCUAAACAUCACAUCCAAUGCCGAACUAUCUAUUGACAUACCAUUCAUUAUUACUGUCAACGAUAGCUCUAUAGACAGCGAACAAGAUCAAAAAGGAACUUUGUCAGUGAAUUUCAAAAUGCCUGAAGUCCAAGCUAUAUCCAGUUUCGGACCCAAUAAAGUAGUAUUUUCGCCGACUCAAGAACGAACUUUACUAGCAACGACAUUGGUUUUGCUAAGCGAUUCACCGGUCGAUUUACAAUUAUCAUUGUCGCUUGUCGACGGAAAUAAUGUGUUUUCACUGAAAAAUGUUCAAGAGAUUAAAAUGAGUGAGGUUAAUAAGAUGCUCGGGGCGGCGGAAGAGAAACAUGCGUUGGCGAAACUGAAGAAAGUUAGCUCUGCUGUCCAACUAUGCCGGUUGACGAAAGGAAACGCUAUUAGAGCGACUGUUAUUUUCGAAGCUCCUUCUUUUACUAAACAAGGUAACGAUUUGGAGAAGUAUCAAGGCGCCGUGGUCGUCAACCUUAUCGGCGUCGAGGCUUCGAUCAAAACGGUAGAGCUGUCCGCUUCUGUAGGUGUCGCUACGCUCCGCCUCAGUACCCAGGACACGCCGUCUUUCACAAAAGAACCAAAAAUAUUAACCUUAGAAAAUGUUGGAUCCCUCCAAGGAACUUGGAUCCUCAAGCUUAAGGUUGAUGACAACAGGAUGUUUGGGUUCUCUGCGAAGAUGGUAGAGCUCGCUCCUGGGGAAGUCAAGGGGAUCACUGUCUCGUAUAAAGGGCCGGAGGAUGUUGUCUAUAAAGCAAUGUUAACGUUCGAAGAAACAUUCUCUGGAGCCAAAACCGCCAUAGAAAUACAGGGUGGCACGGAAAAGUUCCCCAUCAAAACCAGCAAGGCUAUCCUAUCGUGGGUCCGAAGCGGCCGAAAGGAAAUAAAUUUGAAAAAUUUCUCACCCAAGAAAGUUUUGGUUCGUUGUGAUAUAGUCGGUGAUGCGUAUACUAUUGACGUGCCCGGUGUGGACGCGAGAGGCACUAGUUGUAUAAUAAGCUUCAGUCCGAACGAAUGCCGGCAGUUGCCGAUUGUGUACGCUCCGACGACGCAAUUGCCGAAUGCUGCGACGUUGCUUAUAAAGCUGGAUAAGAACAAUGAUCACGUUAAGAAGGUAAACCUCUUCGGUUGUGCGAGCGGUGACGCUCUACGCUGGGUCGGGCUGGCCACUUACGGCGAGACCGCACUCGUGCGGGCUGUAGCUCGCUCCUCCAUAGACCUCAAGCUGACCAAUAAGUCCCUCAUGCCGGCCUUCGUGUGCGCCAGGGUGAACUUCAACCUGCAAUACAUGUCCCUGGGCGCUUCGUCCCGCCUGGCGGGCGCGCGGCACGUGGUGCGCGGCCGCGGCGCGCACACGCUGUCGCUGCACGUGGAGUGGGCGCGCGUGGAGCGGCGGGCGCUCGAGGCGCGCGCGCCCACGCUCGCCACGCUCACCGCGCUCACCGGGCCCGAGCUCACGCGGCACCGGAUACUCAGAAUACUCAGAGACGAGAAUACCGGCGAACUGGAUACCUCCCUGCUGCCGGACAACCUGAAGAUGUUGGUGGGACCAUUCGAAGGCGAAGAAGUGGACUUGGAUACUGUGCUCACGGAUUUCGAGGAAACCAAGGCAUCCCUGGUUGAUCUGAUUGGAGGUCUGCAGGAGCUGAAGGCGCAGAUAGAUUUGCCCGUCGACCUCUCCGACGAAACCAUCAUCAUAGUCGACGACACGGUGUUAGAACACCAUACGCUUUUCGAAUAAAUUAUCAUCUGUAAAUGUUUCUUGUCGAACGCGAUGAAAUGCUCGACUAAUAUGCGACUGGGUCGCUUUCUCGUACUUAUAUAUAAAUGAGCAAACAUUAGGAAAAAAUGGUCAGCCUUUAGUAUAUAGUAUUCAUAGCCAACCACAGUAUUUUCGUAAAAGAUUGACUUUCAUCCGCGUAGUUCCAGAACCAAACGGAUGACUGGAAAAGGAGUUAGUGUCUUGUAAUUUUUUUAACCGAUUCGUUGAGUGUUCCAUUUUCAAAAACUUUUGGCUGCGGCGGGCGAACAAUUGUUUCAUGACAUGAAACAGGCGUGCCUUACGCCAUAGAAUAUGAUGACACGCCUCUCGUGCCAUGCCAUCCGCAUCGAACCGGUUAAAUUUGUGUAUAUAAUUUGUUACGAAUUGAACCUUGUUAUUUAGGAAAUAAAAGACAUCCUUAACAAGCAGGUGAUAAUGAAUUGUUUGAUAAUUUUGACUGUGAUAACUGAACACAACCUUAUUAUUUAGAUAAGAACGGGGUGUACGUCAUUUACUGAUUUAGGACAGAGUACUCCUCGCCCGCUUAGGGUAGUAUUCCACCUGUCAAACAUAAAGCAAAAUGUGACACAAAUACAAAUUUGAUCAAAUAUUGGAAUACCAUCCUUAGCGGUGUAUUUGGUUCGUCCCCGCCGAGCACAGAUGGGAAUAGUUGCAUUCAUAUCAAAGAGGAUAUAAUAAGAUAGAGCGGUACUGUCAUAGUAAAUUUUGUAACCACUGUAAAUUCACUGCCAUCUAUCGACAUACUUUAAAACUAAAAAUGAAGAUUUAUAAAAAUACGUUAAAAUGUAUUUAAAUAUGGAUAAAUGAUUUUUUUAUAUGCAUUAAAUAUUUUUAUAUGAUUUUGACCCAUGUUCUUUCACUGAUAUGCGUUAAAAUUAUAAAUAAUAAACGAAACCGUCAACGCCCUCUAUACGAGAGUAGGCCAAAACUAGUGGCGCCAUCUGAUCGAGAAUCCAAUUUUUGUGAUUUUCGAGGCACGUUUUUUCCUUAGACUGUAUAACUAUCUUUGAUUCAUAUGAAUCAUUCCCAUCUGGCCCCGUCUCAUGUCUCAUGUAUGGCGGCGGUCACGUGGCGCGGGGAGAGAAAUGGUUUCACCGCUUAGCUACUUUUGCCUUUUUAUGUAAACUAGCUUGCUCACCAUACUAGAGGAGCUAAAGUAUAUUAUAUAUAGUUAAUUUAGUUUUUCUUUUUGCAUAAAUAACUAGGUUAGUGGUCAUCCAUUAAUUACAUCACACGUUUAGGGGGAGGGAGGGGGUCCAGAAAAUGUGACGGUGCGACAAGGUGGUCACAAACUUUGUGACGUCACUUUAACUUCUCUUGUUUCCAUACAUUGUUUGGAUUCUUUUGUAUUCCCUGUACAGUUAAAUACUAUGAUAAAUAGUUCUUAUUCGUGAUUAUUCCUAAUCGAUUUCAUGUCAUAAAAUUACUAAUAUUGCUUUUAUAAAAAAAAGAAAUUUCAAUUAUGAUACUUUAUUUAAAUUGCUGAUUUCGUUGAAGACAAAAUUGCCAAAUAUGUGACGUCACACCAGGGGGGAGGUUGCCAAAUGUGACCAGGUGUGACAAGAAGGGAAGGGGGGCAGGGUUAAAAAAAACCCUUCAAAUUCGUGUGACGUAAUUAAUGGACAAACCCCUUAUUUCGAAAUCCGUCCAUUUGAAAUCGGCGUUUUGCUCAGAAUGUUUUUUAGUUCUAUGAACUUGAUGUAGAAUAGCUAGCUGUAGCAUGGAUCACAAUUUUGGUUUAGGUAGGUAUAAGGUUUUGCUUUGUUUAGUUAGGGUAUAAAUAAUUUAUAUGAAGCAAUAAAAAACUAUUUUCAAUUCUU